UAGUUGUAGCUCUGUCUUCCUUCCUUAUUCGAAACGACGAAUUUAACGACUUGGCAGUCACGCUUUGGAUCCUUCCUUGCUGCUGCUAUUACUAUCGAAUUGUGAAUUUCAGAAACACAAAAGGUUCGUUAAUCAAUUUAAUCUUUUCGGCACUGGCAUUCCUUCCCUGAGAAGAAGAUGACCAUCGACUUAGAUUCAAUCACUCGCAAAGUCGAUGUCGACAAUCGCAUUCCUCUCCGCUAUUACUAUCGAAUUGCCGAUAAUCUCCUCAAGCAGGCUAGUGUCUACAGGGAGGAGAAUAAUAUAGUUGACUUGUACAUCAUACUCCUUAGAUUUAUAAGUUUGGUUUCAGAGACCAUACCGUAUCAUCGAGAUUACCAAACUUCACUUCCUAAUGAAAGAGCAGCAUAUAAGAGGAGAUCGCGACUUGUAUUGGAUGAGCUUGAGUCCGUGAAGCCUGAAUUCAAACGCCGGUUGGACAAAUUGAAUGAAUCACAUUUACAAGCUCCAUUGCCUGAAGAAAAUGGCUUCAAUAUGGCUUUGCAGAGUCCAGCGAGUUCAUCUUUGGAAUGGCCAGCUGUCAAUAAAAGAUAUAACUCAAGCAUGGAUUUCAAACAGUCUGCUGGAUUGGGUUCACAAUCUUCAUGGACAUAUAAUAAUACCACGUUAUCUUCAACUUCCAUCCCCACCGACAAGCAGUUUCAGAAAUUGUUUAACAAUUGUUUUUCCCCUCUGGUCUACCUUCCUCCAAUUCCCCCUAAAAGAAAAAGUAAAGAAUCUCUUAAUCUACCCCUACCAAAGAAGGAGACCUUGUCAAGACACUCAUUUUUAGGACCAAAUGGUCUCCGGGGACAAUGGCUCGGUCCUACUACUGAAAUAAAGGUUCAAUAUCCAAGCAGUAGUGAUCUCACACAUGCCAAGGAUUCAAGUGCUGUAAAGUAUGAUCUUGUUGGCAUUAAAGAUGAUGAUCAAGGACCAGUUACAUCCACAAUGGAUUCAAUUCUCUCCUUGGAUGAUGGAAGAUGGUUGCAUCCUCCUGUUGAGUCCUGUUCUCCUGUUGUAUCGGAAUCCUUACAGUUGCUCAACAUCAAGCAACCUUUGCCUCCUCCUGUUCUUGCUCAGGUUUACCCAGAAUCUGCCUCCAUUCCUCCUUCAAAAGUUGCAGAUCCAAGACCAGGACCAGCAAAAUCUUCUCAUGACUCUGGACUUGGUCCCACUACAUAUCAACACCUACACAUUCCUGUCAAAAUGAUGGAUGACUUUCUCAGAUUGGCUUCACAAAACACGCGAAAGAACUUAGAGACUUGUGGUGUUCUUGCAGGGUCUCUGAAAAACAGGGUUUUUCAGAUCACAACACUUAUAAUCCCAAAGCAGGAAUCAACUUCAGACUCGUGUCAAACGUUGAAUGAAGAAGAAAUAUUUGAAGUUCAAGAUGGCUUGUCACUUUUUCCUUUAGGUUGGAUACAUCUCUCUACAAGGCUUCUGUGUUCUGAUAAAUUUGCGGCCUAUGGAAUUUGUAUCACUUAUGUUGCUGUCAUAUACGAAACACACCCGUCACAGACUUGUUUCAUGUCAUCCGUGGAUCUGCACACACAUUACUCAUAUCAGAUAAUGUUACCAGAAGCAAUUGCUAUAGUCAUGGCUCCUACAGAUACAACAAGUCCACAUGGCAUAUUUCAUCUGUCUGAUCCAGGUGGUGUAUCUGUUAUUCGUAACUGUCAACAACGUGGAUUUCAUCCCCAUGAGGAGCCUUCAGAUGGAAGUCCCAUAUAUGAGCACUGCUCUCAUGUCUAUAUGAAUGCUAACAUGAAGUUUGAUGUUAUUGACCUUCGAGAGAGAUGAUUGAUUGGGGGCCCUUAAAAAAUUUCUUCACCGAUUACAUACAAGUACAGGGAUCUACCUCAUUUUCUACUGGACGCCGUGCCGAAAAUUGCAUUCGUAAUGUGGAUUCUUCUGUAUUUAUAAAUUAUGAUAGAGAAUACUGAUCACCAGUCCCAUGAUUUUGUAUUAUACUAGUGAAAAUGUGAGAAUAUAGUUGUGUAAAUCUAGCAAUAUUUAAUACACAGGGUGAAGAAGAUACUCAAAAUAACUUAAAUGUGAUAUACAACGUUUCUGUGUUGUACAGAAAACCACACCAUGAAUGCAAUUUGCCUUGACACAAAUGCUUAGGGUUUGGGGAUGAUUAUGUGCUGUUGCGGGUUGGCGAUUUAGAAUAUAUUUAGACUUUCCGUUCAUCGAAGCAGCCGAGGAAACUAUUUCCACCUUAAUUAGACUUUUAGGGAAGAGAAAGGCUGAACCUCAUUCAGAUAUAUAUUUUUUUUUUUUAUGUAAAUGAAAUCUUGUCUCAAUUCAAGUUUA